AUGGACUUUCGCAUAAGUCCCGAGUCGUCAAUCACAGGGUCCUCAAAAACCGAGACAAGCGAAGUCCUUAGGGAGGAGGAUGCCGUGAGGGUCGGGUUAUCCAUGGCCUUGCGCAUGAGGAAGCUUAUGUCGGCCAUGGGAAAGAGCGGGUUCGAGAUGAGGGCGGCAAUCGAUCAGAGUUACGACUCCGUAUUUCUUCUUUGUGAGCUGAUCGGUCUCGUUUUUGGUAGAAUCCUGAACGAGUUCACACUGUACCCCAACAUAUCAACCCCAUGCGCCCAUAUCGUCUUUUUCGCCUUCCCAACAGGUAUCAUACCCUCAAUUCCCAUUUUACCCUCACCAUCAUUACUUAUUCCCUUACCCGUCCCCUUGCCCGUGACCCCAUCGGCCUCGGCCGUGAGCUCCAUCAGCUCCCUCAGCAGCGACACGGCCGUUGUCCGGUCGCACACCGACGCAUGCAAACGUAACACAAUCGCGCAUUUCGCCUCGGAAAGCGCGUACACGCCCGCGCAAAUUACGGUCGAGGUCGAUUUGAGGUCGUGGACUCUGACCUCGACGCUCGGGCGCGAGGGCUCGACGAAGGACCACUCGUUCGCGGCCGAGUCGUGGUGGAGCUUUGUGGCGAGGGCCGGUAUUUCGCGGAGGAGUGGGGCUUCGGAAAAGGGUUUGGCCAUCUGGAGCACGAGGACUGUGGUCCCUGUGCCCCGGGUCAAGGCUCGGGACCAUGUUUGCUCGGUGGCGGUUAGGGCACGGGAGGACAUUUUCGUAAUUUGUGGUGGUGGUGGGAGGAUAAAGAGGGGUGUGGAAUUUGAUAUGGGAUUAUUGUGUGGUUUGAGGCUUGCUCAUCGACCACGCACUCAAUUGCUCGAUUUUCACAGUCUGCGUCCCAUUAUUGAACGCGUACAAAUGUGCAUUAUCAUACAACGCCACAAUCGGAUAUACUCUCGACGUAAUGACGGUUUUGCCCCCGGCACCGAAACUCUCCACAACAGAAUGAUCAAUCUGCAUGAUGGGAGCAAGUUUCUCGAGGCUAACGUGAGUAGCCCAAACGGGCCCAAUCCACCUCGCACGGUCGAGCCCAUUUGGCUACACAGCUUUUGCCCAUCAUAUCUAUCCCACUUUGGAUCAAACGGCUCAGCCUUGUCCAAGCUAUCGAACGAGAAUGCUCACUUUAAACACGUGCUUCAAUUUGGAGACAGAGAAAAAAUCGGGACACUCCCAAUUCCCCGUGCCAGCUGUCGAGUGCAACGGGUGCUUGGCCUUUGUCCACGUCAUAAAGUCCCGACUCCUGUACAAAAGCGCGAGGCCUCUGUGCUUUCUCCUGCUGCCAAUCGCGAUUCUCCAGUGCCCGUCCGGGCCGGGCCAGGCUGUUGUCGGGUCACGGAAAGAGGUCGAGUUUGUGAACGGGUCGGGGAAUAUGAGCGGGUUGUUAUUGGGCUUGAUCCAAUCGCGAAGGUACGGGUCGGAAAGGUUUGCGGGGAUGGCGUAGUUUUGGACUUGGGUGUUGUUUUGGUCUACGAUGCCGGUGUAGAGGAUUAUGGGCCGGUUUCCGGGAUCGUGGCCGACCCGGACCAGCACCCGUAUUUGUCAAAAGGUUUGGAAGGGGAGAUUGCGUGUGGGACUUUUUUCCAGUUGAUUAGGUCUUUUGAGACCGAGUGGGCCCACACGAUGUUUCCCCAAACGGCGCCCUUUGGGUUGUAUUGGAAGAAUAAGUGGUAG